UAGAUAUUAUGAAUACUGGAGGAGGCAAUUUUAGACGCAUACAAAUAUCAGAAAGGGUUGAAGAAUACAGCACCAAUGAUAAAAAAAAGGGUAAGAAGUCUAGAUAUUCUUCUACAAGUAUACCAAGUAACAAAACAUCGCUUUAUCGUUCAAAAAAAUCUAGACGUUCUGCGAAUUUUAGUUCGUAUGCCUUCAGACAAUCGGACCAGGUUUCCCAUCCUAGCGAACAAUUUACAGAAGAAACGCCUGAAGCUUUGACAUAUAAAAUUAUUCAAAAACCCAUCUUAAACCACCCGUCCACCCUAGAAUCAGAAGCACCCGCUCUCUCAUGUACCCCUGCUGAAAGCAGCGGGGAUUCAAUGAAAGAGUCCCUAGAGCCAACAAAGCAGAAUGGCGGUGACAGCGGCAAUCAUUCUCAACUAAAAAAAAAGACUUCUGUAGUUCAGUGUUCUACGCCUCAGUCAGCGCACAAGACGGCUCUCCCUAAUUUUUGCACAAUUAAGAUUAUCAAUGAACAAUUUCAGUUUCAGCCUCUACUUUUCAAUCAAAUCAAGGCCUUCUUAAAUGCGACAGAGGCACCCGCUCCGGGCAGUCAUGCAAAUAUUCCGUUCAGCACUGCGUCAGACUGUCUGGUAAUUGGUGUUUUAGGAUGCCAGUCCGUUGGGAAGUCCACGCUGAUGAAUGCUAUUUACCACUGUCAAAGGGAGUGGGAAAGUGGUGCUUUGGUUGGGCCAUUUAAAAUAGCUACUCACAAAACGCUUCUCUCUUCUCAACAUCAGACUACUGGAGUCGACAUGGCGAUCGGUUGUUUUACUGGCAAUUCUGGCGCGGUAAGCACUCAUUCUUCAAAUCUGAUUAGCUCCAGUGGUGGAGAGCGAUUAUUGCUGCUUGACGUACAGCCCUUUCCGACUGCGACUAUGCUCGCUAAUUUAAAACGGUCGGAACCUCAGCUAAUUUCAGACACCAAAACCUAUGAGCACAUGCUUCAUCUGUCUUCUAUACAUCUCGGCCUUUUCCUUUUAUCUGCGUGUCAUAUCCUUUUGGUUGUCGACGACCGUACUACUGCCAUCAGCAACUGGAAGUACCUUCGCACUCUAGAGAUGUUAAAAUGGAUGCUCCCCGAUGUUUCGGAGAUUGGCUCGUUUCCAUCGCCGUCUGUCUACGUACCUAAGCUCAAGCAAAACUUGGAUAAUUCGAGUCCGCUCGAACGGUAUUCUUCCAUGAUCAUUGAAUGUCGCACUAGAGCCAUGGAAACUGACUUCCACCAGAGCAGUAACGAGCAGCAUUCUAUGGUUCCUGAGAAAAAACAAUUCAGAGACCGUCGUCGACACCAAACUCGUUCCAAUUCCUGCUUAGACGACGAAAUUCAAUCCUUAUACAUUGAGAAAACUGAAGACAUCACCUCUUUUGUUGGGAGCGGGUUUGGCUACACCGAGGAAGAAAACAUGGCCAGCAUUUUAGACGGUUUUCCUCUAUACAACUCCGAAUCCGAGUACUUUCCUAGCAUCAUGUUUGUCUUCAAUAGGCUUUCUCAACUUGAAAUGUCUGAAAGCUUCACAUCAAACGUACGCGUGUCUCUAGAGAACUAUUUCCAGAACACUCGAUUUGCCCCUUCCUCAAUCAACCCGGAAACAAACAGUCGCCAAUCCAGUGUAGAGUUUUGCUUCAUUCCGAGUCUAUUAUCCUACUCCAUGUUGAAUCCUCUACCCAAGCAAAUUUUGAUUCAUUUCUCUAGGCGAGUUCUCAGCAUGCCCCGGCCUCAAUUCCGAAAGUCGCAACUCUCUCUUAAAGAGUGGCUAAUGAAUGCCAGCAAGCUUUGGGAAUUCAUCAAACAGUCGCCCGUGCUCAGUCAGUAUAACGAAAUACUCAAAAAAAUAGUAUAUUAAAAAGCUGAAACCCAUCCAUCC